AUGGACGCAGCGCAUCGCUUUACUUAUUUCGGAGCUUUGCCCCCAGAAUUACGACUGCAGAUAUGGACGGAAGCGCUUUCGGUGCCAUCCGUUUGGGCUGUGAAUCGUAAAGCAACCGCAACCAACAACGCCAACAAGAGCCAUCUGCCCCUCAUCAUGAACCAUGUUGGUCCGGCUCCCUAUCUAGCAGGCCUCGCUUGCAAGGAGUCGCGGCGGCUAAUGGAACAAUUAUACGCCAAGCCCAUACAUAGACCAACGCACUCGGCGGCAAGUAGUGCGAUUCAUUGGAUCGAUCUGCAAAAAACGGUCGUCUCACUCGGGGACUACCGGUCCGCGGGGGCUUUGUUGGAUGCAUUCACUUUCGAAGACUUGGCAAGAUUCCGCCAUGUCGUUCUACAGUCAUCACGGUUCUCUGAUAUGGCCAGGUUGUGCCAGCGCCUGGCCAACUCAUGUCCCGGGUUGUGCACGAUCAUCAUACACACGAAUCACGCUGGCUGCCUUUUCACCGACCUUCGUUGUGAACCCUUGACCCAAGACAUGGGUGCACUUUUUGUCAACAUCCUGGAGGACCCGGCCGCCGGCCUAGAUUGCAACCACUACGAUAUCAUCCACUUUCGCAGUCUGCUGCUGGGCUAUUUCGGCGACUCGCCUCCGACAUUGCAUUUCGCCUCCCCACCCGGAGCGACUCGCCAAGACUGA